AUGGAUAUUUUUAAUGACAGCCUAGUUGGCAUCAACACCAAUAUUUCUGCACUCCUGUGUAAACCUGACAUAGAAAAUUACAGAAUCUUCUACACAAAUCGCAGUCCUCCACCUUUUAAAGAUUUGGACCAGACAGUUCGGAUCCUUCUGUAUUCCCUGAUCUUUCUGCUUAGUGUCCUGGGAAACACCCUGGUGAUCAUUGUACUGAUCAGAAACAAGAGGAUGAGGACGGUCACCAACAUUUUCCUGCUGUCGUUGGCCAUCAGUGACCUCAUGCUUUGCUUCUUCUGUAUGCCCUUCACCCUCAUUCCCAACCUCCUGAAGGAUUUCAUUUUCGGUAACACCUUCUGUAAAAUUACCACCUACUUCAUGGGUGUCUCAGUCAGCGUAUCAACGUUCAGCCUGGUUGCAAUAUCUUUAGAGAGAUACAGUGCUAUUUGCAAACCUUUGCAAUCUCGGGUCUGGCAGACAAAAUCACAUGCCUUGAAGGUAAUUGCCACAACCUGGUGCAUCUCCUUUACCAUCAUGACACCAUACCCAAUCUACAGCACGUUGAUACCAGUCAACAACAACACUGCGAACAUGUGUCGCCACAAUUGGCCAAGCAAAGUCAUGCAGCAGUCUUGGUAUAUCUGCCAGCUGCUUAUUCUUUUCCUUAUCCCUGGGAUUGUAAUGACGAUUGCAUAUGGCUUAAUCUCUUUGGAGCUCUACAGAGGAAUCAAAUUUGAUGUCAGUCAGAGGAAGUCCUCACGAGAAAGGAAAAUUAGCACCACCAUUAACAAAUACGAAGACGGAGAUGGAUGCUACCUGCAGAAAAGCAAGAAGAAAAAGAUGCCUCUUCAACAACUUUCCGCAAAUAACGGCGACACAAAAAUCAACCGGCCUAGAAGCAGCUGCUCCACUGCUAACUUGAUGGCCAAGAAGCUGGUCAUCAGAAUGCUGAUAGUCAUUGUGAUCUUAUUCUUCAUUUGCUGGACUCCAGUUUUCAGCGUCAAUACCUGGCGUGCCUUUGACAACAGUUCAGCCAUCCUACUUCUCUCAGGAGCCCCCAUCUCUUUCAUUCAUUUGCUCUAUUACACAUCUGCCUGUGUGAAUCCAAUUAUCUACUGCUUCAUGAACAAGCGCUUCCGCUUGGGCUUUCUGACAACUUUCACCUGCUGUGCCAAGAAAAAACUCCCAGUGGUAAGAGCAGAGAUGGCAGAGGAUGAGGAAGGGAAGACAACCAGAGCGUCCCUUUCCAGGUACUCUUACACGCACAUGAAUGUGUCCGCUCCUCCAUGA